UUUAAUAAUUGUAGCGUCUUCUUGUUUAUUUCUCAUUAUUUGUCCGUCAGUCGGGUCUUACGCAAACUGCGUAGCAUGUCCUCCUUUCGGAGUCACAAAUACGACGGUCGCACAGUUCGGUGUUCCACCGGCGCCGCAGCCGCCCGCUCCGUCCCCGGCGCAGUCUGAGCGGCUAACGGGCUGGACCAUGUCGGUUCCUUUCCGCAGAACCGACACGUCCAGGAAGAAAACGACUCUCUUUUGGGUUUGGCGGAGCCGCGCGCUGCUGCUGCUCCCGUUCGCCAGCAGAUUAACCGACAAACCGGAUGAUGGACAUGACACAACCACGGUGGAAUUAAUAUUGCAGUCAGAACGGCUUAAUCCCUGACAGGCACCAAAAAACACCGCUGACUAGAGGGAUGGCAUUGACCUUUUUUCUAAAGCAGUUUCCUGGAAACCAAAUCUCAGCUGUUUGCAGAUUAAUGCGCGUGUCUCCACCAUGGACCACAUCAUCUGCUGCCUGCUCGUCAUGGUAGCCACAGUGAUGAUUGUCCAUGCAUGUCCCAAGUACUGUGUCUGCCAGAACCUCUCAGAGUCCCUAGGAACUCUGUGUCCCUCCAAAGGCCUUCUUUUCGUUCCUUCAGACAUUGACCGGAGCACGGUGGAGCUCAGACUGGGAGGCAACUACAUCCUUCACAUCACACAGCAGGACUUUGCAAACAUGAGUGACCUGGUGGACCUGACCCUCUCCCGGAACACCAUCAGCUACAUCCAGCCCUUUUCCUUUAGUGACCUGGAAACUCUGCGCUCACUCCAUCUUGACAACAACCGUUUAACAAAGAUAGGUUCUGAUGACUUCAGAGGCUUGGUGAACCUACAGCAUCUCGUCCUGAACAACAACCAGCUGGGGCGCAUCCAUGACAAGGCUUUUGAAGACCCAAUGGGAGCUUUGGAGGACUUAGAUCUUUCCUACAACAAUCUGGUCUCUCUUCCCUGGAACUCGGUCAGACAGAUGGUCAACCUACACCAACUCAGUGCAGACCACAAUCUACUAGAAUUCAUUCCAGAAGGAACCUUUGCUGACUUGGAAAUGCUGGAGAGAGUGGACCUAGCUUCAAACCGUUUGCAGAAGCUUCCCCCUGAUCCCAUCUUUGCUCGGGCGCAGGAUUUACCAACCCUGAGUACGCCGGAGACUGCCCAGCUGUCCUUAAGCCUGGGUGGGAACCCUCUGCACUGUAACUGUGAAAUGCUUUGGCUACGACGGCUGGACAGGGAGAACGACUUGGAGACCUGCGCCUCCCCGCCUCCCUUAAAGGGUCGUCACUUUUGGGAUGUCAAAGAGGAGGAGUUUGUAUGUCAGCCACCCCUUUUUAUCCAGCAGACUCACAAGGUGGUUGUUUUGGAGGGCCAGACAGCCACUUUGAGGUGUGAGGCAACAGGAGACCCUUCUCCUGCUAUCCAUUGGAUCUCACCUGAUGAUCUGCUGCUUGGAAACUCCUCCAGAACCCAAGUGUAUAGGAACGGAACAAUGAGGAUCCCCAUCACCUCCUCCAAGGAUCAUGGCAUUUUUACCUGCAUUGCUGCUAAUGUGGCCGGAGAAACCACAGCCUCAGUGGAGGUGUCCAUUAGGCAGAUCCCAUUUCUGAGUAAUGACACGGGGCCACUAGUUCAACCAAACUCCAAGCUUUCUGACAUCACAGGAACAAAGAUGAAAGGGAGUCCUCAAAACCAGCCAGAGAGAACACUGUCCGUCUCAGACGUGACAACUGUUUCUGCACUGGUCCAAUGGACAGUAAGCAAAGCGGCCCCCAAGGUAAAGAUGUACCAGCUCCAGUAUAACUGCUCAGAGGACGAAGUUGCCACCUACAGAAUGAUUGCGCCCUCAAGAAACUCUUUCACCGUGAACAAUCUGGUGGCAGGAACCCGCUAUGACGUGUGUGUUCUGGCCGCCUGGGACGACGCUGCCAGCACCCUCACUGCCACCAGCGUUGUGGGCUGCACACAUUUUCUCACCCAAGUCGACUAUUCUCAGUGCCGAUCUGCACGCAGCCAGCUGCUGGGAGGCACCAUGAUCCUGGUGGUGGGGGGCCUCAUCGUGACCACCCUGCUGGUGUUCAUUGUCUUCCUCAUGAUGCGCUACAAAGCUACAGAUCCUCAGUUUCCACCUGCAAAACUGCCCAGCUUCUACGACUCGCACACUCAGACCACCAGCAGUGUGCUGGUCAUGUCGCAGCCGCAGAACCAGACGGAGCCUCAGGUCAAAGGGACUCUUCCGGAUGAGCGGGUGGAGUUUAAAUGUGGCUCCCUUCAAAGCAGCCUCACCUCCUCCUCUUCCUCCUCCUCGGGCUCCACAGCCAGGGGCACCUACAGCCCCAACAGCACUCUUGCCAACAUUUUAAGGUCAGCCCCUGUUAAACCCCGGUCAAACCUGGAUAAUCUCCUCGGGACAAUCACGUCACUGGAGCUGUGGGGAGGACAGGCCCGGGAGCCAGGAGUCUCCAGUGGCAGCACCAUGACAAGACGCUACAGAGACAGAGUGCCGCUGCUGGACGGAGCGCUGGACUCCCGGCUCAGCCGGCUCCUCAUGCUGGACUCCAGGCCAAAGAAGAGCCAGUCCUUUGACACAGACGAGACGCCGGACAGCGGAGCUCCCCAGCUUCAGAGGAAACCUCGCAGAAUCAGCGGGAUCUGGACUAAGAGGAGCCUCUCUGUGAACGGCAUGGAGACGUUAGAGGGGGCUGAGUGGGAGAUGGAAAGUACUGUUUAGGAAAGGAACAGCGGCACUGCCAAACCAAACUAAUACCAAGACGAUGGACUCUAUCCUGCAUGAGGCUUACCCAGACUUAAGGGAGACUUGACCUCCGGAUUAUUUUGCCUGACAUUUUUCACAGUGCUGGAUUAAAAUGCCAUCAGUCAAAAAGGGAAAUGACUUUAAAAAAAACUGUCUCAAAGCCCACAACUAUCACAAUGUCAAAUGUCUUUUUAUGACAAUAUUAUUUUGUUCUAUAAAUAUAAAUGGAAUAAUACUGGACUUUGCCUUAGUGUAUAUAGUGUACAUAAAGUGAGUGUGGGUGUACACACAUAUGCAUAUAAACUGCAGAGGAACUCAUAAGAAUCCUAUUGUGUUGAUGAAGACUGUUUCUGUUAAAAAUGCCAAACUUCCGGAAAGAGAAAGACCAACCAAGGCUGUUGUCCCCGUCAGUCCUGUGGGGUUUAUCUAGUCUAAGUAGUAUUUGAGCGUCUUGCUUUGCCCUUUUUUUUUAAUUCUUUACUUUUUUUUUUUAUCUUUGCAUUAUUUCCCUCCAAAUGAAAUGUUUCUUGUGUCACGUAAAGGCAACCUUCAGCAUAAAAAUAAGGAUCAGCACCAUCAUUUUUCUUUUCUGUCAUUAAUAAUAUACAUUUGCCUGAUUGAUUCUAAAAAAAAACCCUGCUGAUAUCAGAUUGGAGAGAUGAACAGAUAUUUCUAGCAAUUAUUUAACGUUAUUUCCAAUUACACUGAGACAUUUACAAGUUCCUUUGGACAUGACAUGAUUUAUUUUCCUUCAAGUCUGAUGUGGAAUUUAUUUUACCAGUCAAGAAGCAUUGAAAACUUUUUUUGGGGAUUCAUCUUAUUUUUGAGACCAAACUGAAUUGACUGAAAAGGAAAAGCCAUAAAUCAUUAGUGAUUCUGUUCCCCCCAGUAAAACAUGGUGGUGGAAGUUCAAUCAUGUGGGGCUGUUUAGCUAUGCCUGGCAAAGAGGAGUUUAUUUGUCUACAUAGAGUCAUGAAUAGAGAGAAUUAUGUUUAAACUCUUGAGGAAUAACACAAAGGUUGCUGCUAGAAAAGCUUGGGGCCCAUGUUUGAUUCGAAGCAGGCCUAUCAAAACUAAAAUCCCGCAGAGUUUGAAAAAGCUGGAAUAAUUAAUUAUCUAUGAACUUGCUAAGAUCCUUCCAGAAAAAGAGGAAUUAUUUUAAAAAGUUAAUGCCAGCUGCAUACCAGAAAAACCAAGCUGUUGACCUUCAAGUAAGAUCCAUCAUUCCAGCUUCUGAACAUGCUGAAUCUCUUUUUGGGUCACGACUGUUGGGCAGAGGCGGGGUAGGCCCCUUAACAGUUUGCCAGUCCAUUGCAGGGUCCUUCACUUAACCAAAGUUUAAACUGUAUUUCUGUGUUUCAGAAUUAUAUCUCCAAAUUGUCCCCAAACUCUUUUGGUUCAGACCAUUUUAAGGGUUUUUGGUAUUUUUUUUAUGAAGAAGGGAUUCAAUAUCAAAUUUGACACAGUAUCCAUAUUGUGUCAAUAUAUCAAGGUACAACCAAGGUUGCUGAAAAAGACAAUGAUUUCUUCAGAUAUAAAAAUGUUGUCCAUGCUGUAAUGACCUGUCGGUUUAUUUGUCCAUUUGCAGCAUGAACUUCACCAUUUGAGUCACUGUGUCGUCACUGUUUUGACACACCACUAGGACUAACCUGCAGCGUCAACGUUUGCUUAUAAUCCCAGAGUUAAGCAGAUCUUUGAACGGCCGUGUCAGCGUUAACAGUGUUUCACAGAUUAGAUGCAACUGUUGGAUGGAUCUGAUUGUUGGACAACUCUUUCGUUUAUUGAUCUCAAGUGCUUAUUUGUUUUAUUUCUUUAGACUCAGUUGAACUCAAGUGAACUUUGAGUCUUGUUUGGGAUUAAAUUUGGGUUUUCAUUUAGAAAAUCUACAGCAACCUUUUUUUUUAACCAAAAGAUUGCUUGGUUUUUGGCAAAUCCCCAAGAAUGUAGGGUUUUUGGUUGUUUGGUGUGUUUUUUUAUUUGAUUUUCUUUUUUAAACUAAGGUUUAUGAAUUAAUUAUCGCAUUAGCCAACAUGUAUCUCCAAAUUCAGGUAAAUAGGAUGGUGGUAAAAAUCAAAAAUUGUUCAUAUGCAUCAUGAAGUGGACCGAAAAUCUUUAUUUGCACUUCAUGCUAAGAUUUGGAAGCAUGAUUACAAGAAAGCCCAAUCAGGCAUGAAAACCAUGUUUAUUAUAUUGAAGCAGUAAAAUAAUAUGCCAAAACAAACCCGACAAAAUGCAUCAACCUCACCAACCUUACAUCUGCCAUUUCUCCAAAAACUGAAAUUACAGGGAAAACCUUUCUUCCGCUUAAAUUCAGUGUUUUUAUGGUUUUUCAGGUUCAUGUUUAUUUCAAAGGUCAUCAAACCCAUGUUUCUCAGUACUGUGGAUAGGACAUAUGUUGUUGUUUUUUCAAUUUGUUAAUGCCAUAAAGGCUUUUGUCACAGAUUUUUAUGCUGCCGGAGUGCAAACCGAAAUAUCAAGUCUUAUUCCCAGUGAUGUCACAAUUUUGCCCCAACAUGGCAACCUCUCUGUAGCUGGAAUCUAGUCUUUGUAUUGAAUGUUUUAUCUCUUGAUAUAAAUAAUGCAUAGCAGAAUUUGAAAUUGUUGAAUAUUUUUCUUUAUAUUUUUGCUGGUCAAGUGGCCCAGAACUUGCAUGGCUGCAACAUUUCACAAGAGGUGGAGCGAUGGAUAACCCUAUAAUUGUAAUACCGGUAUGAGGUGUGAAGCUUCAAACAUUUUUACAAGUUUAUGUGCUGCAUUGUCAUACGUUUUCACGUUUACAGAGGAAAAAAAUAAAAAGUGUUGUCCCAGACUGUUCAAAA